CAUGGCCAUUUUGCUCACUGUUGGGUGGCACUAAAAGCUGUCUAAUAUAAUCUAUAUGCAGUCUAUUAUCAUGCCAGGAGAUGAAAGCAAAUUCCAAGCAGGGUAGCGAAUCCUCAGAUGAAACCAGGAUACAGGCUGGUUUAGAAACAGUUAAUCAGUGAACUAGGAGUGGGUUGGCCUUAAAGCUGAGCACACACAAGAGCUAGACAUCACUCAAAAUCAAGGAGCUCUGCAAAAAGCAGGCACGGAUCUGGUGGGGUUUAUAACAGGACACAGGAACCGAAUGGAAGGAGAGGCAAGGAAAUAGCAGAGGGUGAGCCCUGCAGAACUAAAACAACAGAAGGGGGAGGGCCGGGGAGAGGAAGUGCAGCUGCAAAGUGUGAAACCGGAACUUAAUUGCACAGUAAAUGGGGUUGAAAAACAGACACACUCCCAUCACCACUCCCAUCAGGAUCCUUAUUUGCUUAUUCACUGUGAAGAGAGGAUCCGAACGCAAACUCGUGUAUUAAUUCAGCAAUAGCAGGAAUGCCCUGCUGGUGCUGGUUUUCGCUUGUAUGCAGGAUUUUGUUGUAAAAAUGCAAACUUUUAUGUUUUUGUGGUGACACCAUGUCUGUCGGUGCAGUCGUAAGAAGCAGCAGAUGAAUAGCUCAACACCGUUGGCAAAUAUGAAGGUUUACAAGGAAGUGAUUAGAGAUGACAUUGUUCCCCUCUCAGCAAGACACCAUGACAGAAAUACGUCAGAGCCAAUAAGCUUCUUUCUCUCUAACCUGGAGGAGCUCUUUUCCUGGAAACCAACCAAUCAGGAUGCAUUUAAUGUUGCUGUUGUUCCUGUUGCCAAGCGACAUCCACCAAUUGAAAGCCAGAGGCCUAAAACCCUUGUUUGUCAUGAUAUGAUGGGAGGUUACCUUGAUGACAGAUUUAUUCAAGGUUCAGGUGCACAGCAGCCAUAUGUAUUCUAUCACUGGCAGCACAUUGAUAUCUUUGUGUACUUCAGUCAUCAUAUGUUUACUCUUCCGCCUGUCUGUUGGACCAACGCAGCUCACAAACAUGGGGUGUGCGUCCUUGGCACCUUUAUCACAGAAUGGGAUAAUGGAGCAAAGAUGUGCGAGUCUUUUCUGGCUGGCGAAGAAUCUACAUAUCAUGCAGUUGCAGAUCAGAUGGUUCGACUGGCAGAGUACUAUAAGUUUGAUGGAUGGUUAAUUAACAUUGAAAAUGUUCUGAGCCCUGUUGCAGUGUCCAACAUGUUGCUGUUCCUGACUUACCUGAAAGAGCAACUACACAAGCGUAUCCCUGGGGGAAUGGUCUUGUGGUAUGAUAGCAUAAUCCAUGAGGGCGAGCUGAAGUGGCAAAAUGAACUCAAUGACAAAAACAGAAACUUUUUUGAUGUCUGCGAUGGAAUAUUCACAAACUACAACUGGACGGAGGAGCAUUUGCAACGCAUGACAGAGGAACCUCGAAGGACAGACAUAUACGUCGGAGUGGAUAUAUUUGCCCGAGGGGAGGUGGUAGGAGGAAAGUUUGAUACAGUUAAGUCACUGGAGAUGAUUCGACAGUAUGGCCUCUCCGCUGCCCUUUUUGCUCCUGGUUGGGUGUAUGAGUGUUUGGAGAAAGAGCAAUUCCUUCAGAAUCAAGACAAGUUCUGGUCUCUUCUGGAGAGUCAGCUUCCCAUUCAUAGUCUCUGCCUCCUGCCCAUAUGCUCCUCUUUUUGUCUUGGCUAUGGAAAGAAAAGAUAUUCCUUUGGCGAGGAAGAAGAUUCUGGUCCAUGGUUUAAUCUAAGUGCUCAAGAAGUGCAGCCCAUAUUUUCAGAGGUGCAGCCCAAAGAUGGAAAGGGUGGCAGGGUGAAAUCCCAGAUCUGCCAGGAGGUUGCUUGGCAUGGAGGUAGUUCCCUACUUAUUGAGGGUUCCUUGCCAUCUGGCAUUGAUGGAGUCACGGUAAGGUUGUUCUCUCUGCAUGUACCUGCCCCACCCAAGCUCCUGCUUGCCUUGGUUUAUAAGAUGGAGAACUCCUCAAAUGUUGCAGUGUCGCUGGAGCUCAGCACUCAAGAUGCCAAGUCCUGUAAUGUGGAUAGCAUUAAUGCACUGUCUGUUGAGAGCAUGGUGCAAACGUUACAACCACUAACAGAGCCUCCAUUGCCUGUAGCAGAGACACAGCAGAAUCACAAGCAUGGCUGGGAGCAAAGGUAUUAUGAGGUCCAUCUGAGUGACUGCUACAUAAACAGUUUGUCCAUGCGAUUUUCCCAACUGACACCCCAAGAAGAAGAGGAAACAUUUACCUGUCGCAUAGGAGAGAUCAGGGUCUUGGAUUUCUCUCAUCCUCCCUCAUUACCUGUUCAGCCCACAGACCUUUCACUUUCUCAUGUACGCUGGCUCCAAAAUGAAGAGACCAACCAGCUCUUUGUCAGUCUUACUUUGCAUUGGUCUCACUCGAUGGAGAACAUCCGCCAUUUCCGUGUAUUCUGCCGUGGUGUGACCUGCCGUCUUCCUCCACCUUCUCGUCCUCCUCCACCUUCUCGUCCUCAUUUACUUGGCUUGGCACAUGCCUGUGUGUACCGGGUUGUGGACCUAGAAGUACCAGAUCCUUGCCCCUCUUCUCAUGGACAGAUAGAGUUUGCUGUUCAGCCUAUCAGCAAGGAAGGGUUUGAACCUGUACCACCUUUGUGGGGGCAGCUGGUUCUAGACUAUGUGAAAGAAACACAAACUGAGGUGUGAUUGUAUAGCUAGAGUGGCACAUUCUGUUAAAUCUGGGUAACUAUUUGUUACAUCUAGACAAUCAGGCAAGUCAGGCCACGCAUCAUUACUUAUUCCAUUCCAUAGCGUAGUAUGUUUAAGCGGUUCUGUAAUAGUAACAUUUGGUGGGAAGGUAAUGAUCAGAUCAAACAAUCCUAAAUUUAUUCAGUCUUUAAUGGAACUCAUCAGUGUAGGGUUUCUGAUCAGCCCAGGGAAAGCCAAUGAAUUGGUUCCACAUGAACAGCAUAUUUCUCACGAGGAAAGCAGAGGCAGCAAACAAAGCUAUGGGGUAAAAUGCUUACUUUAUUCCAUCAAAAGUGAAUACUUUCAUGGAAAAGGAGUCUUCCUUUUUAGGAUUUUUACUGUUUUGCAUACAGGUGAAGUGGGUCUUUCUUCACCGCUUUGUGCUUUCCUUAAAGGGAUACUGCCAUGGGAAAACAUGUUUUUUUUUUUCAAAUAGUGCUGCUCCAGCAGACUUCU